AGGCCUUUCCUCUUGGUUUUCCUGCUGUCCCAAGGACACUGAGCUCAGACCACAAAAGUGCAUACGAAGAAGGGACAGGAGUUUCCCUUCUCAAGAGAGGUCAGAUAACCCAGACCCUGCAUGGUCUCCAUAGGCCAGUGCAGCUAGGUGGGCUGAACCAUCUGCCCCAGCAGGCAGGCGAGUGUUCCAGGGGGAACUUUCAGAGCCGGCGGCAGUUCCGGGGUGGGAGAGGCCCGGUGGAGGUGUUAGCUCCCAACUGCCAGUCAACCCAGGAGCGGCCGCCUGAUCGGGGUGGAAUGUCUAAGCCUGAGAAUAGAAAAGGGAGCCCUGUCAAAAAAUGUCUGAUGUGCCAGGUAGAGCUGGGCAGAGCCUCCUUCAGUAGGCAGGGCCUGUGUCCUUGCUGCAAUGUCAAGGCAGGAGAGGACCAGAAGAAUCAGAAAGGCAAGAGGGAUUCCUGCCCAUUUGGAAAUGCAAGUGAAGUAAUGGAGAUUGAGCCCGCGUACGCUGACUUUAUUUCUUGCGACCGCACUGGGCGGAGGAACGCCAUCCAUGACAUCCAAGGAGACGCGACCGCCAUUAGCAUGCGGAAGCUGGCGGGUGACAUAGGCGAGCUUUCCAUUGAAGGAGCAGGUGAGUGUGCAAGGAAAUCAACCUGCUGCCACUGCUUCUGAGAAGGAACCUGAAGCAAGACCCGAGGGGCAAGAGAGCACUCCCCCAUCAUGAAAGCCACAGAAGUGAGAGGAGAAAGGUGGGGGGAGGAAAGAACUGUAGACACAACAUGGGAAUGUUCCAGCCAAUCUGCCGACAACCGAGAGCCAAACCAGAACAAUGAAUUCUCUCUUUAAAUGCCUUUGUUGUGACCAUUCUGUUCAGAUACCUAUAGAAAGUUCAGCAGUGGGUACCUGUACAUCCAUUCAAAUCUGCUUAGAACACUGCACUGGUGGGUAGUCACAUAAGCCACUUUCAAGGUGCCUUUGAAGCAAUUUUCCUCUACUGGAAAAUAUCAUUUGCAAAGAGCCUAUUACACUUCAGCCUUUGAUGUGUAAUGUACAUUUUUUUUACUCUGUAAAUUUAGACGAAUGUAUUUAUUUCCUGUUCCCGUAGGUGAGAGGUUUUGUUGCUUCCCUUCCUUCUGGAGCUAGCUUAGAGGUGAAUGGAUACUUAGUGCUUCCUACACAUACACUUGGAGUCAUGGAGCUUAGUAGGGGAGGGGUGACAGCAGUUCCUGCUGCAUUAAUACUGAACACUAUUAACCUAUGUUCCUGCUUGUUGGGUAUCAGAAGCAGACCAAAGCUCACAGGUGUACACAAACUCCACCUGCAGGCACAGCAACACCACACAGGGGCACUAUUUGGGGCCACAGGGUUUUAAGGGCAGAACGGGCUUAAUUGUUUAUUUUUUACAGUAGACUAAAUUCAAACUCAUCUCUUAAA